AUGGAAGUAUUAGGUGGCGUCAAGGGUUACCAACUCUUUGCUAUUGCCAUAGGCAUAGCCUUGCUAAGCUACAUUUAUACCGUCUUGACUCAUCCUCUGGCGAAGAUACCAGGACCUUGGUAUACCAAAUGGACCAUGGCACCUUUCAAAUACCAAGUGAUCACGGGGAAACGGCCAAAAUGGGUUCAUGCUUUACAUGAGAAAUAUGGUCCCAUAGUUCGCAUCAGUCCGAUCGAGGUCAGUAUACAGGAUCUGAAGGCUGUUCAGCAGAUGUAUCAUGUCAAGAACGAGUUCCGCAAGUCAUCCUGGUAUGCAGACUUUAACCCUGGGCUUCCAAAUGUCUUCAGCACAACCGACCUCGAUUACCACAGACGGCACCGGAGGCUUCUCGCCGCGGAGAUCUCAGAGUCGGGAUUGGUAGCUCAUAGGCCCACAGUAGACUCUAAAGUUCGUCUAGCUGUCGAACGUAUAGCUGAAGAGAUGGAGGAACGCGGAGCGGCAGACGUAUAUCGCUGGACUUUGUACAUGGCUACAGACGUUAUCGGAGAACUCAGCUUUGGAUCCUCCUUUCGCAUGUUAGAGACUAAAGAGGAAACCCAGUAUAUCCGCGACCUAAAAAUGGUCGGCUUCGCCGGCGGACUCAGGGCGACAUUUCCCUUCCUCACAUAUAUCACCAACUACAUAAGGCUGCCCGUGAUAAGCGUGGGGACGGAAGUGCGCAACCGCCUCCGCGAGUACGCGAACCAGUCUCUCGGACGGCACUACAAGCUCGUCGAAGAGCAAGGCGACGACGCCAAGCUGACGCUCCUGUCGAAGCUGUACCGCGCCAACGAGAAGGACGGCGAGACGCUGCCCUUCCACGAGCUGCGCGAGGACGCCAUGGCGUACAUCACGGCCGGCAGCGACACCACGACCAACACGCUGACGUACCUGUUCUGGGCCGUCGGCCGGGACCCGGCGAUCAGGCAGAGGCUCGUGGCGGAAAUCCGGACGCUACCCGAUAACUUCGAGGACCCGGACGUGAAGAAACUGACGUACCUCGACAACGUGAUCCAGGAGACCCUCCGCUUGUACUCCGCCGCGCCGGCCGGCUUGCCCCGCCUUGUGCCCCCCGAGGGCGCGACGCUUGCCGGAUAUUUCAUCCCGGGGGGUAUCACUGUUUCGGCGCAGGCGUACAGCAUGCACCGGAAUCCGGAUGUAUACCCGAAUCCGUUGAAAUUCGACCCGUCGAGGUGGGAGAACCCGACUAAGGCUAUGAAGGAUUCGUUUGUGCCUUUUGGCGCAGGUAGUCGAGUUUGUCUCGGAUUGCACUUGGCCAGGAUGGAAUUGCGCCUUAUGACUGCCCGUUUCUUCACCCGGUUCCCGAACGCGAAGCCGUCGACGUUGGAAGGGUUCACUGAUGACGAUAUGGACCCUAAAAUGUUCUUCCUCAUGCAACCCAAGAACCAGAGAUGUCUUAUUGAAGCUCGUUAA